AUGGGAAAGGACUAUUAUAAAAUUCUCGGUCUCGAGAAAAGUGCUACUGAUGAAGAUAUUAAGAAAGCUUAUAGGAAAAUGGCACUCAUGUACCACCCCAACAAAAACAAGUCUUUUUUUGCAGAAGAAAAAUUUAAAGAUAUAGCAGAAGCCUAUGAAGUAUUGAGUGACAAAAUGAAGAGAAAAAUAUAUGAUAUUUACGGCGAGGAAGGACUUAAGAGAGGAGAAGGAAUACCUAGUGCUAGUGGUCAUGAAGAUGGACCACACUUUAGGUAUACUUUCUUGGGAGAUCCUAUAACUAUUUUCCAAAAAUUCUUUGGUGUUAGUGACCCUUUUUCUACUUUUUUAACAGGAGUUGUAGAUUCUAAAUUUUUUAUGAUGGAUAAACAAAUAUGUGGGAGCAGACGGUAUUCCUUCAGCUUCAACAACUCUUCUGAUUUUUCCAAACCUCAGGACAACAAGAGUCAUUACCAAGAAACUUUUAACUUCAACAAUAACAGCAACCCUUCUGAUAUUUUUAAAUCUCAAGACAAAAGUCAAAGUCAAAGUAAUUACCAAAAGACAUUAACAGCAUUUGGAUUCUCAAAGAAAGAUGGAGACUUAACAUCCCUUCCAGUUCCUUUUCCUGUCAACUCAUUUUCAAGUACUAUGGAUGAAAAAAUGAAAAUUGAUGAAAUUACUACUUCUAGAAAUAUGUCAGAGCAACCUAUUCUUGUGUCUACCAAAGAUUUAGACCUAUAUGUUACCUUGGAAGAAGUUUACAAGGGUGUUACAAAGAAAAUCGAGAUUAUUAAAAGAAACAGCAACUGUUAUGAAGAAAAGAUCUUAAUCAUAGAUAUUAAGCCAGGGUUGAAAAAUGGCACAAAGAUUAUUUUUGAAUGUGAGGGCAAUAAGUUUCCUGGCAAAAAUCCUGAAGAUGUUAUCUUUGUAGUCAGAGAUAAACCUCAUCAGUAUUUUAAAUGUGAUGGUGUUAACCUUCAGUACACAGCUAAAUUGACACUACGUGAUGCCUUGUGUGGUAUCCAAGUAGAUAUUCCUACCCUGACCGAUGAGAAAGUUACCUUAAAUUUAAGUAACGAUAUUGUACGACCACAAAUGACGAAGUGUCUUCAAGGUUAUGGAUUACCCUACUCUAAAGAUUUUAAUAAGAAAGGAGACAUUAUCAUUAAUUUUGAUAUUCAGUUUCCUUCCAUUUUGAUUGAUAGUACAAAAAAAAUUCUCUCUAAAAUUCUUUAA